UUUAGAGAGUUUUCGAUUGACCUGUAAUCAUCACAUCCGUUGUGCAGUGUGACCUAUUAAUAUUGACUCGUACAAAACCGCCUCAACGAAUCAACUCACUGAUUCGAGACUUAUACUUGUCAUGAACGUCACGAUCGUUUGUUAAUCAACCCGACGUGCUAAUACCUAGUUUUCUAACCAAAAUACGAAGUACAGAAGAGGUCAUCUUGAAGGUAUCUGCAAUUGAGCGACAGUGACGUCACAGAUGCUGGGAAAAUUUCUAGCUUAAAGAGGAACGCAAUCAAGGGCCCAAUCAAGGAGUACCUCAAGAAUUUGUCUCUGGAGAGAUCCAGGAAUCAUAUGUUGAAAUGGGCUUUCACUGCUGAUGUUGUUGAUGAGCCUUAUCGAUACGAUUUACCAAAACCUGUAGACUUGAUUGUCAUGGAUGAACUGGAACGAGAACAUCAGUGGAAGUACGAGCAGGCGAAACAGAGGUUUGGGUCCGAAGAAGAAGACCUAGAGGGGACAUCAAUGCAAUCGUUGUCGCAGGUGUCCUUCGCCUCUGAAGAAGAGCUUCCUGAGAAGUCUCCACUAGAUGAAUCUGCUGGCUUUAUUCCAAAGUUAACGGAUAUUCAACAAAAACUACUAGAUGAAGUGGACUCCAAGCCAACCCCAAAGUCGGUGGCAAUCGAAGAAGAUACCAAGAUUAUCCCUAAACUUUCUGAAGUCAAAGAUAAGUUAGUAUCCACAGAGGAAAACGACAAGAAGCCCUUCACGUACGGAGAUGAUGAGCGGUUCGAAGGAAUAAAAAAUGUCAAGAACAAGCUGCCAAAAGGGCAAAAGGAAUCCGAGCCACAGGACUAUGUGAUGCCUACAACUGUAAUGAAAAAAGAUCAAGACUUGAAGAAAAUGAUGGAAGAAAGGAAGAAACUUACUGACGAGAAUAUCGACGAUAGAGCCGAGAGUGCUGCUCAGGAGAUACGUAGUCUUGCUUCUGAUAUCUCCAAGACCUUUGGCUCAGAUAGUCCUAAAGAGAACCAAGAAAAAGCAGACAACAAGGAAUCUGUCAGGAAAGUUUCAAGCGAAAAGAAACCAGAGGAGACAAAGAAAGAAAUUAAGAAAACUGAAGGAGAUUCAAAACGAAAGGUUUCUGGAGAAAAGGAAUUUACUCAAGGAAAGCCAAAGGUGUCAUCCCUCGAUCAAGAAGAUUCUGGCAAAAAGAAACCAGAGGAAACUAAGAAAGAAAUUAAGAAAACUGAAGGAGAUUCAAAACGAAAAGUUUCUGGAGAAAAGGAAUUUACUCAGGCAAAGCCAAAGGUGUCAUCCUUCGAUCAAGAAGAUUCUGGCAAAAAGAAACCAGUGGAAAAGAAGCCAAAGUCUACUCAGGCUUCCGUUAAGAAGGAAGACAACGCCAAGUCAUUGUCGUUGGAAGAGAAACCUGUUUUGGACACCAAGUCCACUUCAAAUUUGAAAGCUUUCGCUGAUCAUCGUCGUAAGCUUCGUCCCUCGCGUAAACACGCACCCACGAGUAACCCAAUCAAAGCCAGGCAGAAAAGAGAAGACUUGAGAACAGAGACUGAUUUCCUCGUAUCGAAGGCCGAGCGGAAUCACGUGAAAGAAGCUGAUGAACUAGAGAAACCUAUUCGUACUUAUGUGUCCAAGAAACGAAAUGAGUCAAAGUUUGCAGCCGAAGCACUUGAAGGGUUGUCGAAGAAAGAAAACCUUAAAGAAGCCAGUACUGCUCUUAGAAAAACCGCCAAGAAUGUUGAAGGGAUCAGCACUGAACUCAAGGAAUUUGGUGGCUUUCUCCCUGUCAUGCUGCUACAGAUUAAAGGCCACAGACACUUGCAAACGAGAUUGGUAGAACCCUCUGCGAAGUCUCUUAACUCAGGUGACGCGUUCGUGUUGGUAACCGAAAAGAAUGUCUACGUGUGGUUAGGUAAAGGAGCGAAUAUCAUGAAGAAAGCCAAGGCUGCUGAAGUAUCCACGAUCAUCGUCAAACAAAGAGACCUGGGUACUAAUACCAAAACAUCCCACAUGAUAGAAGAAGGAAAGGAGGAGGCCGGAUCGACGUCAUUCUGGAAACUUUUGGGCGGGAAAAGUAAAAUAGCCAGUGCUCGACAAGUUCCAACGGACGAAGAAUACGAAAAGAAUAUCCAGGCAACAAACCUAGUAUAUAGGAUUGAUUAUAGCCGAGACCCCCCGGAACUCAAGUUCAGAGAUGAUUUAUCCGGAAGGGUACUUAGUGAAAAAUUCAUGGACCCAGAUCACGCAUACGUAUUGGAUUUUGGUCCUGAGGUUUAUCUUUGGCUUGGACGAAAUUGCAACCGAUCAGCUCGACUAAAAGGAAUGAAACUUGCUCAAGAAAUCUACGAUGGAAAAUUUAAAUAUAAGAGUCGACUAAAUCCGUUCCAUCCUUCGUCCCUCUCGGACAAGGAGCAGAGUCAUGAGAUAUCACGGCCUAAAUGGGCUUUACUCGGCAGAAUGACGGCGCGUUCAGAGACUGUGUUGUUUAGAGAGAAGUUCAUUGAUUGGCCUGAUCACAACGUUGAUUACACCAAGGACUUUGUCAAGAAACCGGUCAGCGGUAGCUUUGCUGUCUUGAACAAAAAGUCAACUCUCCAAGAAGAAAAUCAAGAAACAGGCACUGGUGAUGCUAUCUCAUACGACAAGCAAGAAAAUGGUAUUUUUAGCCUCAAAACAGUCGAUGUAAACAUGAUGAUAGAACUUCCUCCAGAACCAAGCCUUGUUCUUGAAAAUUUUGAUAUAGGUAGAGGAAUUGGAAGUAUUGACGAAGAAGGAAGACGGUUUUCCGUCACCACUGUUGAUGUUAAAGUGUGGCAUGUCAAGGAAUAUGGCUACAAUGCUAUGCCCGAAGAGGAUUAUGGUCACUUCCAUUCUUGUGAAGGAUAUAUCGUUCGAUGGAAAUACUGUGUUAAGCGUACAGGUGUCAAGUCACUAAAAGGCAAGACAUCUAGGAUAGAAGAUGUAGGCAGAGACAAGAUAGUCUACUUCUUCUGGCAAGGACAAGACUCUACGAUCAAUGAGAAGGGUGCUGCUGCCCUAAUGACCGUAGAACUGGACUCAGACAGAGGACCCCAGGUUCUCGUAGCGCAAGGAAAAGAACCGCCAUGUUUUCCUCGGUUGUUUGGUGGCAAGAUGGUGGUACAUCAAGGAAAGCGGGAACCACCGGAAGACGAAGAUGACGAGGAGGACACGUGUAUGUUUAUUGUACGUAACGAAGAUCCAGACGAAGUGUACCUACUUCAAGUCAAAACAGAUCCAUACGCAUUACGGUCGCGCACCUCAUUCGUUGUAGUAGAUCUUAUAGAACUAAUACUGUACGUCUGGCACGGAGCAAAAUCAAGCAAAGAGAUUAGAAACAUUGGAAAAAACGCGGGAAAACAGCUCAUGAAGUGGUUUAAUGACAAAUUCCCUGAUGAUGCUUUAGAAGUACAAGAAUUCGAGGAAGGAGAUGAGCCAGAUUUAUUUUGGGACGCGUUACGGGGAGAUCAGUCACAUGUAUCACUCAAGGAAGAUUCUCGUAAAUACGACUUCACUCUACGAGUUUUUAGUCUGAAUAGCUCCAGCGGUCAGUUCGUGGCCACAGAACUUCUGAAUCCAUCGCGUUCGUCGUCUGUGACGACACCUUAUCCAAUCCGCCAAUCACAACUUUACAGUGCAUCUCAACCAGCUAUUUUCCUCAUAGACGCUCAUCAUGAGUUGUACAUGUGGCAGGGGUGGUGGCCACGUGACGAAGAAGAAAAUGAAAUGCAGGCAACCACUACAGGUUCAGCGCAAACACGCUUUAGUAAUGACCGUCGCUUAGCAAUGGAAACCAUUAAAUCAUACGCGCAAGAACUCAACAGGAAUUUAUCCAAAACAUACAUUAUUUUCGCUGGACUCGAACCCAAGUCGUUUAAAGCUUUAUUUCCAUACUGGGAAGAACGCGAUGAUGUCAGGGAUAUCAAUGUGGAAGCACGAAAGGAUAAACCCGUGUUGUUGAAGCUCGAGGAAGAAUUGGCCAGAUUAUCUAGAGAUACAUACUCACUCAGCGAACUACAGAAAAAACCCUUACCUGAUGGAGUCGAUCCAACAAGACUAGAAAUGUACCUUCAUGUCGCAGAAUUCGAGAAAGCGUUUGGAAUGUCGAAGAGCGACUUCGAAAGCAUCCCGACAUGGAAGAAAUUGGGCUUAAAAAAGAAGGCGAAUUUGUUUUAAACCCAGAAAAUCCACUCACACUCACACUGCUAAAUUCUGAUAUUUAAUACCUUUACGUAUAUUAUUUCAGUUAAUAUUUCAGCUUUUACGUUGCCACUCGCUAGUGUACAGCCGACUCAGGAAUCGUAAUGAAAAUUAGUUAAUAAUGAAGUAAUUUAAAACUUGUAUUUAUGAUUGAAUAUUUAUAGAAUGUAAACUUUUGGGCUCGAUACGACAUCGAUACGACACACUGGUUGUGCAGCAACCCUUAAAAGUUGAAAUCUUGAAGGUUUAUUUUCUUGAUCCGAGAUCCACAGUCCAAUCCAGUCCCAUUUAUUCCAGGUUGUUUGGCGUUUAUCAAAACAGGAGCAACUCUAGAAGAAUCCAAGAUACACAGCUAAUCGUAAUCAGGCUUUAUGCAGUAUUUCUUUAGCUUUAGUUUUCCGCUUCAAAUUCUUGUAACAAAGUUAGCUUUUCUCCCUUUCCAAGGAAUUAGCCUGCGUCACAUAGGAAUGGACUAUUUGAAACUUUGGUUCUGGAUAUCAUUUUCUGUCAGAAACACGUUUGUUACUUUUUUUAGUGUCUUGGGACAUGCCGGGAAAGUUUUUUCAGGAUCACUUGAAGGAAUCCAAAAGCAUCGUAUUGGUUGUUAUUUUAUUGUUCUAAAUUGAAGCACAGAAAUGAUUAAUAAAUUACAAGCCUAUGGGCUAGACAUGUUUAGUAGAAGUAGAAUAAGUAGAGUACGAACUGUUCGCAAUAGACUUCAUUUUCUUUUGUGGAUAGCAACCAAGAUGGCGUCCAUAGCGACGUCAUGCAUUUUAGUCACGUGGUUGCACGCCACUAAAAUUCAUUCACCUGUAAAUGGCUUUGGCCUUCUUUUAAGAUAAUUGUUUUGAUCUUAUCUCUUUGAUAUUCUUUUUACCUCACUAAAGCUCAGGUCAAACGUCAAAAUUUACAUGAGGCGUACGCAUUGAAUACAAUUAAUAAUAAAGACGGCCUUCUUUUAUGUCAUUAGGUUCGGCUCAUGUGAAAUUCGACGUUUGUAUUCGGUCUAAGGCAAUGAAUAUAAUUUAGAAUGAAGUACGGCAACUAGAAUAAUCAGAAUURUGAUUGUUAAAUGUGUAAAUACUGAUAAAAAGAAAAAAUUCUCAGUGCACGUGCUAGACUAAAUAAUUAUGAUUUGUUAAGCUCAACACAURAAUUGUUAAAUCCUUGAAAUAAAGAAUGAGAAAAUGUA